AUGGCGCCGCGGAGCUCCCAUCACACGGGCUCGCACAAGGCGCGCUCCCUGGCCUGCCAAUGGAAAGCAAAGCAGCAGUGCCGGAACCUGGACCAGAUCCAUGGGGACCUGCAGCCGGACAUCACGGCCAGGCUGCUGCACCAGGAGCCGGACCCCGACAUGCCUGGAAGUGCGCAGCACUACUGCGUGCGAUACUUUGUAGAUUUGAAUAGCAUGAAGGAACAUUUCAAAUCUAAAGUUCACAAAAGAAGACUGAAGCAGCUGAGGGAGGAGCCUUAUACCCAGCAGAAGGCAGAGAGAGCAGCUGGGAUGAGAUCCUACAUUCCUCUAAAGAAGAUAGAAGUACAGACUCAACCGCUUGUGAUGGAGGAAUCUGGCUGA